AUGGAUGUUGAAAACAAUGUUUGUGUAAUGUUCAUUGGUGAUACAGGAUCAGGAAAGAGUUCACUUGGAAACCUGUACUUAAAGGACACUAUAUUCGACACCAGUCAAAAGCCUUGUGCAUGCACUCUUGUUCCUAAACAGCAAACAAAGCUCGUAAAUGGCAUGGAGAGGAUUGUCAUUGAUACAGAAGGCUUCGAUGAUGGUGAUCAUAUCACAGAAGAGCAGAUUCAAAGACUUGCCCAAUAUCUAAAAAGCUUCCCUAUUGGAAUCAACGCAAUCGGAAUUGUCAUACAGGCCCAACUACUGAGACUCACAAAAGGUGUAAAGGACGUCGUCAAGUUCAUAUAUGAUGCCUUUGGAGAUGUGAUCCUCUCUCAUCUCUGUGUAUUUUGGACAUUUUGUUCGAAAGAAUUUCCAGAUAGAGACAUUAAGGAGAAGGAAUAUAAGCCAAUGCUUGAAAAGUAUUUGCAAUCAAUUUCUGGAGCCAAAACAGUUCCAAACAUUCCAUUCUAUUAUGUAAAUACUCAAACCCCUGAUGUGGAGUUUUGUGUUCAAAGCAUGACUCUGUUCCAUGGUUGGGCAGUCAGCCGCCAGAAAUUCAGUUCCUCCGAAAUCAAAGAUGCAACUUUCGGAUACUCUACGGAAGAAGAAAAAGAGGAAAGAGUCAAGGUUGAUACUUUUACAGAAGGUAAAAUCACCUAUGAAAAGUAUAUCGACCGUGCAAGACUCAAGAUUAUCCCUAAUGGUAAUAAGAAUGAUUUCCACUACACAGACUGGGAAACAGUCAAAGAGUACAAUGAAAAGAUUGAAGAGGUUACAGAAGAAACUCAAAACAACGUCUUGUCUGGAUACGUAAAUGAGAAUGGAAACAAAUACGAAAUCAGACACGACUUAGUUAGAGAGGUCAAAUUCAACUUUAAGACCAAUGAGAGGAAAGAAGGUAACUGGUCAAUCAAAAACGAAAACAAAAUCCUAGUUGGAGAGACAAAGACGCACGAAGAAUUAACAGAGAAAUCUUGGAUUGAAAUUACUGAAGGAGGAUACAAUCAGAUUGCAGCAUCAUUCAAACGAAUCGUCAAGAUUAACCCAGAUGGUGAUGCAAGUUUCGGAGAAUAUGAAGAAAUCCCAGGAACAAGAAGGGUUCAUUUUGUCAAAAAUGAGCCUGUUGUAAUCAAGAAAAAAUCCGGAGGAUUGCUGAAUUCAUUGAUCGGAUAUGCCGUUGGAAAAUUCUUAUUAUAA